UCGACGCUGCUAAGCUUCAAUCCGAUCCCAGAUGACAUUAUGUAAUCAUCAAUGUUAUAGUUGACAGUAUAACCAGUCAGAAAGACACUCGAGAUCCAGUUAUAUCAGACAGAAUUCAACACCAAAACUUUUGGGUGCUUCUACAGCAUUUAUUGGCAGCGGUGGAGGUGGUUCAUUGGUGGGGGGGUGGAGUUAUUAUGUUCGUAUGCCGGAGGCCGAGUUUCUGUGCCGCUCUCGCACGGGCGGCAGCGAACUUCUUGUGAGAGGCGGCACCAUGAUUCGAAGAAGAGGUUCUUUCGAUUAUUCGCGAGUCGCAAAGGGUCCCAAACUAUCAACCAUUGCUAGCUCCCCACUAUGAAGCUCACUCUUCUGGCAUCCCUCGUUGUUCUCUGCGGCGUUGCUUUCGCUGUCCCUCCAUUACGCCGUGAUGAUGGUUCUCUGGUUGAUGUCAUUGCUUAUGUAGACGAUGAUUUGGAUAAUGUUACAGUCAAUGCGCUCACCAAGCGGGAUGAUGGGUCUUUGGUUGGCGUUGUUGUUGACGUCCAGGACGAUUUGGAUAAUGUUACAGUCAAUGCGCUCACCUAGCGGGAUGAUGUCGAGGAUAUUCUCAGUUUGGUCAACGUUUAAUUCUUAUCCUGACAAUGUGCUUACCUAGCCAAACUGUGUGCACCACGUUAUUUCGCCUUCUGGUCUUGGAUAUUUAUGUCUGCUUCAUAGUAUACCUAUCACGACUAUCACGAAGUAGACUUCUUGGUGUCUUCCAUGGUCAACCUUGCGGACUUGUCACUAGUUAGCCAGUGUUCAAAUGUUCACUCAUUGCGCAGGUCAUACGUUGUGCAUCGGUAUCACUAUCUGUCAUCUUCAUGAGCGGUACGUUCAAC